AUGGCCGGCCAACUCCCACAGUGGAAGCAGGAUUUCCUCCAGGCUGCCAUCGCAGGCAAAAUUCUCAAGUUCGGCUCUUUCGAGCUCAAGUCCAAGCGCAUCAGCCCCUACUUCUUCAACGCUGGCGACUUCUACCGGGCCGACCUCUUGCGCGCCAUCUCCCUCGCCUACGCCCACGCCAUCAUCGAGGCGACCAAGGACGCCGCCAACCCGCUGCGCUUCGACAUUGUCUUCGGGCCUGCCUACAAGGGCAUCCCCCUCGCCACCGCCGCUGUAGACAAGCUCGCCGAGCUCGACUCGGCCACCUUUGGCCACACCUGCUACUCCUUCGACCGCAAGGAGGCCAAGGACCACGGCGAGGGCGGCAACAUUGUCGGCGCCCCCCUCAAGGGCAAGCGAGUCCUCAUCGUCGACGACGUCAUCACUGCAGGAACUGCCAAGCGCGAGGCCAUUGCCAAGAUUCGCGCCGAGGGCGGCGAGGUUGCUGGCAUUGUUGUCGCGCUUGAUCGCAUGGAGAAGCUGCCAUCACCCGAUGGUGAUGACUCCAAGCCCAUGCCCAGCGCCAUGGGCGAGAUCAAAAAGGAGUACGGUAUCCCCAUCUACGCCAUCCUGACGUUGGACGACAUCAUCGAGGGCAUGAAGGGUUUCGCUUCGGAGGAGGACACGAAGCGCACUCAGGAGUACCGGGCCAAGUACAAGGCCAGCGAUUGAGUUGAGUCUCUAGUUGAUCACUGCAGAUGUGGGCAGGGAGGAGGACGAGUACUGCUUUUGCGCUCAAAGUUCCACCCAGGCGUCACGAGUAGCUAGCAAAAGGUAGUCAAGGCUUCUGAAUAGACUAAACUGGCUACCUGUCUAGCAGAGGGAGGCGGUACUCUUGUAGAAUAGGUAGGCGUCAUAUGAGG